AUGGCAGACUACGAGGAUGAAUACGACUACGAGAAUUACGAGGAAGAAGAUUCGGGCAUCACUCCCGAAGAUUGUUGGACCGUCAUCUCCUCUUUCUUCGAAUCCAAGGGCCUCGUCUCUCAGCAAACUGCCUCCUUUGAUGAAUUUACUCAGUCAACUAUCCAAGACCUUGUCAGCGAGUACUCAAAAAUAUCUCUCGACCAACCCAACCCGCCCUCCAACGACGACCGGAAGAUAAGCGUCCGCCGAUACGAGAUCGAGUUCGGCAGCAUCAUGGUAUCGAGGCCUUCGAUCAGUGAGACCGAUGGGACCGUGACUUCGCUUCUACCAUACGAGUGCCGCGAUCGUAACCUGACCUAUGCAGCGCCGGUUUACAUUAAGAUUACCAAAAAAGUGCAAGCUGCUGUGGAAACGGAAAUACCUUUGCACGAGCUAGAUGAUGCUCAACAGACAGAGUAUGCCAAAACUGGUGAGCUGCCUACACGGUUGGCCUGGAGAUCGGAGGAUGCGCCAGAGCCCGAAAAUUCCAACAAGCCUGAUGCCUGGAAGGACAUGGUCUUCGUCGGGAAAAUGCCGGUCAUGGUCAAAUCUAAAGUCUGCCAUUUGAGCCGCGAGCAUGACGAGAAUUUAUUUCUUGUCAAUGAGUGCCCAUACGACCAGGGCGGUUACUUUGUUAUCAAUGGAAGUGAAAAGGUGCUUAUCGCCCAAGAGCGUUCCGCCGCCAAUAUUGUUCAGGUCUUCAAGAAGGCUCAGCCCAGCCCUUAUACAUACACUGCUGAAAUCAGAAGCGCUCUGGAGAAAGGCUCGCGUCUCAUCUCCAGCAUGAUGCUCAAGCUCUACGGGAAGGGUGAGUCAGCUCGUGGCGGCUUCGGGCAAACGAUUCAUACAACUCUUCCGUUUGUUAAAGCAGACCUUCCUGUCGCCAUUGUAUUUAGAGCACUUGGCGUUGUCUCCGACGAGGAUAUUCUCAACCACAUUUGUUACGACCGAAAAGACUCUCAGAUGCUGGAAAUGCUUCGGCCUUGUAUCGAGGAAGCUUUCUGCGUCCAAGACCGUGAAGUCGCCCUCGACUUCAUUGGUAAGCGUGGUAAUCGGGAUCAGGCUGGUCUCGGACGCGAUAAACGUAUUCGUGUGGCACGCGACAUUCUUCAGAAAGAAACUUUGCCUCACAUCUCCCAGGAGGCUGGUAGCGAGACGCGCAAAGCCUUCUUUAUCGGUUAUAUGGUCCACAAACUACUCCAGUGCGCUCUGGGGCGUCGGGAGCCUGACGACAGAGACCACUUCGGCAAAAAGCGUCUUGAUUUAGCAGGUCCACUACUUGCGAAACUCUUCCGCGGUAUCAUGCGCCGAAUGCACUCAGAGCUCGCCAAUUACCUGCGACGCUGCGUCGAGGGUAACCGCCACUUCAAUCUAGCUGUCGGUGUUAAGCCUGGCACGCUUUCGAACGGCCUCAAGUACUCUCUUGCUACUGGUAAUUGGGGUGACCAGAAAAAAGCUAUGAGCUCAACUGCUGGUGUGUCCCAGGUUUUGAACCGAUAUACUUUUGCCUCAACACUAUCCCACCUUCGACGUACCAAUACACCCAUUGGCAGAGAUGGCAAACUGGCAAAACCUCGUCAGCUUCAUAAUACUCAUUGGGGUCUUGUCUGCCCUGCUGAGACACCUGAAGGCCAGGCUUGCGGUCUUGUCAAGAAUCUGUCUCUCAUGUGCUACGUCAGCGUCGGCUCCCCAGCCGAGCCGCUCAUUGACUUCAUGAUCAACAGGGGUAUGGAGGUCAUUGAGGAGUACGAACCACUCAGAUACCCACACGCUACCAAGAUUUUUGUCAACGGGACCUGGGUUGGAGUUCACCAGGACCCCAAGCACCUUGCUGACCAGGUAUUCGACACCCGCCGCAAGUCCUACCUGCAGUAUGAGGUGUCUCUUGUCAGAGAAAUCCGUGACCAGGAAUUCAAGAUCUUCUCUGAUGCUGGCCGAGUCAUGCGGCCUGUUUUUACUGUGCAAAGUAAAAAUGACCCGGAGACUGGCCUUGAAAAGGGACAGCUCGGUCUCACCAAGGAUUUAGUCAACAGACUGGCGCAAGAGCAAGCCGACCCGCCAGAUGAUCCAGAAAUGAAGACGGGUUGGGAGGGCUUGAUCAAAGCUGGCGCUGUCGAGUAUCUAGACGCUGAAGAAGAGGAGACGUCAAUGAUUUGCAUGACCCCGGAGGAUCUGGAGCUUUAUAGACUUCAGAAAGCGGGUGUAGCUGUCGACGACGACCAUGGCGAUGAUCUGAACAAGCGCCUGAAGACUAAAACCAACCCAACUACACACAUGUACACUCACUGUGAAAUUCACCCGAGUAUGAUCUUGGGUAUCUGCGCAAGCAUUAUUCCUUUCCCAGACCACAAUCAAUCGCCUCGUAACACCUACCAAUCCGCAAUGGGUAAACAAGCCAUGGGCUUCUUCCUGACAAAUUAUUCUCGUCGUAUGGAUACUAUGGCAAAUAUCCUGUACUACCCACAAAAGCCUUUGGCAACGACUAGAUCCAUGGAGUUCUUGAAGUUCCGAGAAUUGCCUGCAGGUCAAAAUGCCAUCGUCGCGAUUGCUUGUUAUUCCGGUUAUAAUCAGGAGGACUCUGUGAUCAUGAAUCAAAGCAGUAUCGAUCGCGGACUCUUCAGAAGUUUGUUCUUUCGUUCGUACUCUGAUCAAGAGAAAAAGGUCGGUUUGAACUACACAGAGAUAUUCGAAAAGCCGUUCCACCAAAGCACCCUGCGCAUGAAACACGGUACUUACGACAAGCUCGAUGAGGACGGUAUUGUCGCUCCUGGCGUUCGUGUGUCUGGAGAAGACAUUAUCAUUGGCAAAACUGCGCCAAUUGACCCAGAGACGCAAGACUUGGGCGCGCGUACAACUGCGCAUCAGCGCCGUGAUAUCUCUACGCCUCUGCGUAGUACCGAAAAUGGUAUUGUUGAUCAAGUCAUUGUGACUGUCAACGCCGACAACGUCAAAUACGUCAAGGUCAGGGUUCGUACGACCAAGAUACCCCAGAUCGGUGAUAAGUUUGCUUCACGACACGGCCAAAAAGGUACCAUUGGUGUCACAUACCGACAGGAAGAUAUGCCAUUCACGAGAGAGGGGGUCACCCCAGAUAUCAUUAUCAACCCGCACGCCAUUCCCUCUCGAAUGACAAUUGCUCAUCUGAUCGAAUGUCUUUUGAGCAAGGUUUCGACUUUAGAAGGUAUGGAAGGCGAUGCUACUCCAUUUACCGACGUCACUGUCGAUUCUGUCUCCGACUUGCUUCGCAAGCACGGCUAUCAGUCCCGCGGGUUUGAGAUCAUGUACAACGGUCACACUGGUAAGAAACUUCGUGCUCAGGUCUUCUUCGGACCGACCUAUUACCAGCGUCUGCGUCACAUGGUGGACGACAAAAUUCACGCCCGUGCCCGUGGCCCUGUGCAGAUCAUGACUAGACAACCCGUGGAGGGUCGUGCAAGGGAUGGGGGGUUGCGUUUCGGCGAAAUGGAACGUGAUUGCAUGAUUGCGCAUGGUGCAGCAGCAUUCUUGAAGGAGCGCCUCUUUGAAGUGUCUGAUGCGUUCCGAGUGCACAUCUGCGAGAUUUGCGGCUUGAUGACGCCGAUUGCAAAUCUUUCAAAGCAAUCUUUUGAAUGCAGACCUUGCAAGAACAAGACCAAAAUUGCCCAGAUUCACAUUCCGUACGCAGCCAAGCUAUUGUUCCAAGAACUUCAAUCCAUGAACAUUGCAGCACGUAUGUUUACGGACAGAUCUGGUGCCUCGAUCAGGUAG